ACCUACAUACACCGGGGCCGUUGCCUCAUGCCGAGGGGUGGAGAUCUGGUCUACGAUGAUGGGAAGGGCUGUUCGAAGAGAAAACUAACGGGACAGGCUUGGGCGUACUAUACCUUUACUGCUCUUACAAAACAAACCGCAAUAUUCGCCUACAGUGCAGUCUUGGUGGGGCAUCAAGGUGGGUGGUGGGGAAGGCCUAUAGCCCCCCCAGCCUGAUCAGGCUCAGCCCUCACACACCUCCUCCAACUCCUCCACCAGAACCGACGAGUGACCAUGAGCACGGGCAAGCCCAGCGGACUCAAGCCCCCAAGCAAGAUAGGCCGUCCAGCGGGGGCGCCCACCAAGACCUCCCCCUCCUCUGCCACUCCUAAGCCACUCCCUCCUGAGAAGACCCCUAACAGUGUGACUUCCCCCAUGCAAGAUGGAGCAGGAGACUUCCAGCUGGGGGAGAGGGUCUGGGUCAACGGCAACAAGCCCGGCGUGGUGCAGUUUGUCGGGGGUACCCAGUUUGCCCCUGGCCAGUGGGCGGGCAUCGUGCUGGACGAGGCCAUAGGGAAGAACGACGGCUCGGUGGCGGGGGUGCGGUAUUUCCAGUGUGAAGACGGGAGGGGGAUCUUCACACGAGCCUCCAAGUUAUCCAGGACCGUCCUUCCGGAGAAGGAGGCUAACGGAGGCCAAGGCAGCCCGGCUCCGGAUGCUUCCGCCCUGGCCAACGCCGCUCCUGCAGCAGGGGCGGCCACCACUGCCCAAAGUACGUCCAACGCCUCCAGCAUGGCCGCCAAGGCUCCCCUGAACCGGACGCUGACCGCCAGUGAGUCCGUGUCCAACCUGUCUGAGACGGACUCUGCCAAGAAGGCCAGGAGAGGACUCCGUCUGGGAGACCGUGUGCUGGUGGGGGGCACCAAGGCAGGGGUGGUGAAGUUUCUGGGGGAGACGGAUUUUGCCAAGGGGGAGUGGUGUGGGGUGGAGCUGGAUGAGCCCCUGGGCAAGAACGACGGCGCCGUGGCAGGAACCAGGUACUUCCAGUGUCUGCCCAGGUACGGCCUGUUCGCCCCCGUCCACAAGGUGACGCGGAUCGGUUUCCCCUGCACCACGCCCACCAAGACCAAGUCCUCUCACAGGAGGUCCGCCAUGAAGACCAGCCCCAGCGUCUCCUCCAUCAGCUCCCUGAGCUCCGUCACCUCCUCCGUCAGCGGGAAGCCCAGCCGGGCCGGCCUGCUGACAGAGACCUCUGCCCGCUACGCCCGUAAGAUCUCGGGCACCACGGCGCUGCAGGAGGCGCUGAAGGAGAAGCAGCAGCACAUCGAGCAGCUGCUGGCCGAGAGGGACCUGGAGCGCUGCGAGGUCGCCAAGGCAACCAGCCACGCCGGGGAGGUGCAGCAGGAGCUGGGGCUGCUGAGGAAGGGGCAGGAGCAGUACGCCUUGGAGAUGGAGGCCAAGCUGGACCAGCUUCGCGUCCUGGUGGAGACGGCCGACAGGGACAAGGUGGAGCUGCUGAACCAGCUGGAGGAGGAGAAGAGGAAAGUGGAGGACCUGCAGUUCAGCGUGGAGGAGGCUUGCAUCACCAAGGGAGACCUGGAGACGCAGACCAAACUGGAGCAUGCCCUCAUUAAGGAGCUCGAGCAGAACCUGCUCUUUGAAAAGACCAAAGCUGAGAAACUCCAGAGGGACUUAGAGGACACUAGGGUGGCCACUGUGUCUGAGCGCUCCCGCAUCAUGGAGCUGGAGAGGGAGCUGGACGACCUGCAGAGCAGACUGAGGUCCUCCCAGCAUACAGAGGGCGCUGUGUCCCUGUCCCAAGAGCAGCUCAGCCACCUCAAAGCCCAGGCCCAGUCGCAAGAGAGAAAGAUCAGUGAGCUGAGUGUGGAUCUGGAGAACAAGCACAAGGAGCUGCUGUCUGCACAGCAGGACAAGAGCUCCCUGGAGCUAAAACUAACCUACCUGGGAGAACGACUUGAAACGGCAGAGGAGGAGAACAAGAGGAAAGCACAAAGCGUACAAGAGCUGGAGAGAAGUGUGGAGCAGGCGGGCAGAGACCUCCAGACCCACAGAGAGGAAACCAAGCGUCGGGAGGAAGACCUCCAAGAGAGAUUUGCACAGGUCACUAAAGCUUCAGGUGACUCUGUCCAGUCACAAGAGCAGCUGACCAAUGAAAAGGUGGCGCUGGAGGCUCAGCUGGAGCUUGUGAAGCAGCAACACUCCAGAUCCCAGGAGGAGCUCCACCUGUCCCAGCAGCGCAGCGUCUCGGAGAACCAGCGCAUCGGAACCCUCUGCAAGGAAGUUGAGGAGCUGAAGCUGGCCUCUCAGAAGUCUCAGCGUCCAGAGGAGCACGACGUGGAGCACAACCACCAACAGCCCGACAUGAGAGACAGGGAAACACUGUCACAUCAAGAGCAGGAGAAGGAGCUGGAGACACUGAGGAACGAGAUCGCCGUGCUGCGGGGUGAAAACGCCAUGGCGAAGACCCUGCAGGUUGCCGUGGAGACCCUGGAGAGGGACAAGACCCAGCUCCAGACACGCGUCCACAGCCUGGAGCAGAGGCUCCUGGGAAGGCAGGCGUCCGAGGGAGGAGACAGUGGAGUCCCGUCUUCAGGUGACCCUGCUCUGGACCAGCUGAGAGAAGAGAAGGAGUUUGCGGAGGGUCAGAUCAACUUCCUGAACAGCGUCAUCGUGGACCUGCAGAGGAAGAACGAGGAGCUCAAGGUCAAGCUGAAGAAAAUGGUGCUGGCCGAGUUCAACGGCAACGAUGGCACCGACGGGCUAGAGGAGGGGCUGUCCAAGCGGGAGAAGAAGCCCCCGCCCCGCCUCUUCUGCGACAUCUGCGACUGCUUCGACCUCCACGACACGGAGGACUGCCCCACCCAGGCCCAGAGCCCCGACUCGGUCCCCCACUCCUCCCACCACGGCAACCCCUCCGACCAGCGGCCCUACUGCGACAUCUGCGAGGCCUUCGGACACGCCACCGAUUCCUGCAACGACGACCAGACCUUCUAGAACCCCCUACACCUUCUAGAACCCUCUACAUAUUCUAGAACAUUCUAGAACCCUCUACACCUUCUAGAACCCUCUGCACCUUCUAGAACCCUCUACACCUUCUAGAACCCUCUACAUCUUCUAGAACCCUCUACACCUUCUAGAAAUUUCCAGACCCACGGUCUGCAACCAACCCCACUUCUGUCAUCCCUUCCCCACACCCUCUCUCUUUUGGCCCUUCUCAUUCCCUUCCUUCAGCCAUCUCCUGUAUACUGCGUACUUCCCUUCGCGUCCUUCUGCACUACCUCAUGCGUGCUACUCCAGCCCCCUUGACUCACCCACACCCAGCUCCUCCCCACCGGCCUGGUACCAGGCCCUGCACAGGCACAGCCAAAACACCACACCUCCCACAAGUAUUUUUAUAUUGUAUUCAUGUCCAUUACAGCCAUCCUACUCUCACAUCCUCCAAACGACCAUUCUUUCGAAUAGCGAUGGGAGUUCCCCUCCAUGGAGACAGAACGGGAUACGGGAAAUCUGCUCGUCUAGAUAUGCUGCUUUGGUGCAAUAUUGAAGUUGGGGAGAAAAGGAAUCAGCUCUGAGCACUUAGUCAGUAGUUUUGUAUGUUGGUUAGAUUUUUUUUUUGUACGGCACGUAUCAGUUGAUAACAUCUUUUGAAACAUUUAUUUUCACUUUCGUCUGUGGGGGAUUAGGUGAUUGGUGUUGGUUUUAUUUGGCGAGCUUGGUGAAUCUAAGACUUAACGUGGACCAAUAGGGUGCUCCGGUAGGGAUAUAGCCAGGACCAAUAACACCUGUAUUUGUACUAGCACUGACAGUAGACAGGUGUCACAAGCUUAACCCUUAGUGAACGCUACAGCACAUGAGCGAUCGGCUACUUAUUAUUGCACUACUCACUUUAAAUGUUCCUAAACUUUAAAUGUCCUUAUAUCUUACAAUACAGGAAACACUUCAAACCUUUCCAAGACAUAAACUGACACUAAGUUAUUUUAUAUGGUCAAAGACAUAAGUAUUUUGCUGUCUCAUUUGUAUGUAUUGCUUAUGUAUUGUCUUUUACAAACUGGAUCUGUAUAGUCAUGUGUAUUAGAGUUAUGUACUGAAGCACAAGUUUGGAUCAUAUUGAAUCUCCCAGUGUAACCAUAUAUAAUAGGUGUGACUAACCAAUGACACUAAUACUCUUCUGUGUACUGUAAAUAUCGAUCAGAUGUUUUUCAGAAGGGAAAAAAGGGCACUCACACAACGCCAUCAAAACGAGACGCGUCUUUUAAGUGUUUUAUUUUUUUUGGCCCUGUUGAGAACAUUUGAGAGAGUUGACGAGGAUGCACUGCCCUCGGAGCCAGAUUCACUUGUAAAGACAUUGACUCCAAAAGCACAUUGACGAUUAUUUCUACUAAAGUGAUUUGUCUAAUUGGUACACUGUUUUCUAUGUAAUGUUCCAUCUGAUCAAUGCAUCACCUGUACACGGGUCAUAACUUGCUAAGCUGCAUUCGUAAAACCCUCUAAAGAUGAAACUGUAAUGUAUUCAUGUCCUUGUUUUCUAUGUAUUGUAUAUUCUUAAUGGUUCAAUACAAACGCUAUGAAACGAACAGUAAGAGGGUUGUCUGAUCGUCUCUCCAGUGUGUCAGAACGACAACGAUUGACUAGUUAGAGCCGGGAGGUGUUCGCAGAGACCCAGAUGAGUGUUGAGAAAGGAGCCUGGGUCUCCCCUCCUCCUCUGGGUAAACUGAUGUGGCAGAGCUGGGCUGAUGGUCCUUGGCCGCUUGGUUCGACAAAAGCCCCAGGCAGGGUGCAGCAUUCCUGCUCCUGUCUAUACCUGGGGGGUCCGGAGAUGUUUCUGGCCAACUUAACCUGUGUUCCGUUUCACACAGCGAUCAGUUGAGGACCUUCUCAUGAUUCAUUCAUACGUAGAUCCAUUACCCCUGACGGGAGGAGGAAGCUGAAAUAGAAUGCUUUAUAUUUUAUGAGGUCCAGGCUCAAAUAUUUGGGAGUGAAACACAAAAGCAGAGUUGUUGAGAAAGCUGAAGCGCACAAAAAAAUUUGAACACUCACCUCAGACUCCUCUCUAAAUAAUUCUCAAAGCACAAAGUUUGAACACGCACACACUGAAACCGUGAGGUAAAUGUUUUGUGACUUUUUAUUAAUAAAACAAAACCAUUAAACAUGAUAAAAAACCAAGCACUACUGAUGGAAUAAAUAAUUCAAACCAAACCAUAAAUCUGUACAAGAUCAUUCUAAACUGAAACAUGGUCCCCCAGAUGAUAGCCUACGUGUUGUCAUGUCACAGCUCUGUCGCGGUUUCUUUCUACACACUGAAUUUAGAGUUUAACUAAGCAAUUGGCUCAAUCCGGUGAAAGCUAAAACAUAAAUGAGAUUUUUUUUUUUUUACUGAGUGAACAUAAUGCUUUUAUAACGGUUAAUGUUAAUACAUAGCAUCUUUAGUACCAGCUCUGAUGGACUGGGAAUGAGGUAUAUGCUAAGCCACCCUCUAAACUGAGACAGUUAAAAGUUCUCUCCAUCCAUCCAUGCAACUGAUGAUUUGAUCUGUCCACUGGCAUCAUCUGAUCAAGUAAUGCUCAUUUUUGCCAUGUCCAGUCACUGACUUGCAGUGAAACUUAUUUAAUGGAACAUAAACAUGUUUAUAUUAAUUGAUGCACCCAAAUCAUAUAAAUAGGUUUGAGGUUGGACAUUGGAGGUCAUAUGGCCGAAUCCUUGCGCUAACUUUCACAUUCACCACAGAGUGAUAUCAAUGGGAAAUAGAAGUACGAAAAAAAAGUGAAGAUCUGUUUUAGUGUCACGUCUACACCUACGGAUUCGGCCAAAAGACAGCACCUUAAAAGAGGCAGGGAGCUAGACCUCGAAUGACAAGAUCCGCUUCCCCGCUGAGGGCUAUGCGCUGUUUAUAGGUAAAAUCGUUAAAAGUAACACACAGUACAUUUACAGAGUUGACGGAAACGGCGGACCAAGUCAGAAACCGUAACCUGCGGGCCAGUUUAAGCCUGUUUCUUAUUGAAGCCGACUACAUUGUAAUGUAAAACUAGGGAGUUGAAGCUGAAACUGACUAGCAACAGGAGUAGCAGGAGAUUCCACUGUUUACAGGAAGAUCUCCACCGGGUAUAAAAAAAAAUUAAAAAAAGAUUGCAUUAACGAAUUAACGCAUUAACAUUUAACUGUAGAGAUGAAUGUAAGUAUUGAAUGAAAUUAUUAGUGUCACUUCAAUAAUGACCUAUUAAAAAUAUAAGGCAAAAAAUAUAUAUAAUACACAAAAAAAAUAAA